AUGAAGACCGACUACUAUGAGCUGCUAGGGGUGAACGUGGAGGCGUCUGAUCUGGAAAUCAAGAAGGCUUACCGGAAGAAGGCGCUUCAGCUUCAUCCGGACAAGAACCCAGACGAUGUCGAGGGCGCAAGUCGCAAGUUCAAUGAGGUCAAGGUAGCAUACGAUACCCUUAGCGAUCCCCAGGAAAGGGCUUGGUACGAUUCCCACAAGUUUCAGAUUUUGAUGGAAGACGGCGAUAGGGAACUUGACGACGAUAAUUCUGCCGAGGUCUAUUACGCCGGCCUGUCUGUGGACGACAUUACUCAAUAUCUGAAUCCAGAUCUGUACACCCAGAUGGACGACUCGAUCAGCGGGUUUUAUUCUGUGGCUGGGGUAAUUUUAGAUCGAAUUGCGAGCGAGGAGGUUUCUGCAGGCAAGAAACAGAAGCUUCCCGGUUUCGAGAGCUACAAGGACGACACGCCGUUUGCCAAUGCGUGCGACGCGAAGGAGCUGCUCUACCCUAGGUUUGGCAAGUCUCGCUCUGACUACGGCGAAGUCGUGCGGAUUUUCUACAAGGUGUGGGGCAAUUUCGCGUCCGUGAAGAGUUUCAAUUGGCUGGAUGAGUACCGGUACUCGAGCGCGCCGGAUAGACGUACUCGACGGCUGAUGGAGAAGGAGAAUAAAAAAAUCAGAGACUCUGCGCGCAAAGAGUACAACGAGGCCGUGCGCCGGUUGAUCUCGUUCCUAAAGAAACGCGAUCCACGCGUGAACGCGACCGCGCAGCGCCAGUACGAGCAGGAGCGGAUCAGAAGGCAGCAGGACGAGGUGAAGCAGCAGGUGAAGAGAGAAAAAGAGCAGCGGCAGCGGGACAAGAUAGAAUUCAGCGAGCAGAGCUGGCAGAUGCUGGACCCAGACGACCUUGCAGAGAUUGAACAGCAGCUGGACAAGAUGUAUAUGGAAGAGCAGGACGAAAGCGAGGACGAGGAGUUGUAUGAGUGUAUUAUCUGCGAUAAGCGUUUCAGACAUGAGAAGCAAUUUUUGGAGCACGAGAAGAGUAAGAAGCAUAUCAAGUUGUUGAAACGGCUUCAAUGGCAGAUGCGCAAAGAGGGUAUCGAAUUGGGGAUUGAUGAGGAGAGCUAUGUGCGCAGCGAGGAUGAGUACGAGAGCGCCGUGGAGGAUUUUGGGGUUGAAGAGCCCGAGUCUCGGCCUACGGAGGCUGAGCUUGAAGAAUUUGAAGUUACGGCUGAGCCUGCAGAGUCUCAGCCCGAGCUCAUAGAGGAUCCGUCUCCAGAUUCGCAGACGGGGCCUGUACCUGCCGUUACGCAUCAAGGUUCUGUGUCUCCGGAAGUGGACGACGUGCUGGACGAGGACGAGCGAUUGGUCGAGCUGGAGCGGAUCCUGAACGGCGAGGAGAGCGAUGACGACUGGUCGACCCGCAAAAAAGGCAAGAAGAAGAAGACGCGCACCAAGUCCUCAAAGCCUGUUUCGCAGCCAGAAACACCGUCUGGCGAGAAGUGCAGCGUGUGCAAGGAAACGUUCCCAAGCCGCAACAAGUUGUUCCAGCACAUCAACGCCACAGGUCACGCCUCGGCGCCGAAAAAGAAGAGACGAUGA